AUGAACACCGUUGUUGCUCUGCAAGAGUAUUUGACUUAUACAUUUGAUGAAACGCCAGGGAUGAAAGCUUUGAUAGUAGACUCGGACACUAUUCCUGUUGUGUCUGUGUUAUUUUCCAUGACAGAAAUUAUCCAAAAAGAGGUGUACUUAGUACAGCAACUGAGCGACCCCACACGAGACUCGUUACCUCAUUUGAAUGCCGUGUGCCUCUUACGACCAAGUAAAGAAAAUAUGGAACUUCUUAAGAAUGAGUUGUCUGCGCCGAAGUAUGGGAAAUACUAUUUAUACUUCACAAACUUCAUUGACACAACCCAACUCACUUUAUUGAGUCACUCUGACAUUCAUGAAGUUGUUCAAAAGGUGUUGGAAUUGUAUGUGGAUUAUAUGCCAAUCAAUGACGACCUCUUUGUCACGUCAUGCCCAAAUUUCUAUUCAGUGACUGCACCAAACUCGUUUUACUUGGAACAGAAAACAAUCAAUUCACUGACUUCACUGUGUCUCUCUCUCAAAAAGAAUCCCUCAAUACGCUUCCAACAGAACUCCGAACUGAGCAAACGAAUAGCCGAAGGUCUCAGCCAACAAUUGGAGAGAGAAAAGAGUACGUUCACUAACAGUAGCACAGGCACAACACUUAUCAUCGUCGAUCGUAAUUAUGACCCGAUCACUCCUUUAUUAACACAGUGGACGUAUCAAGCGAUGAUCCACGAGUUUGUUGGUAUUGAAAAUGGCAAAGUUGUUGUCGACGAUCGGUCGCUUGUUCUUACAAAUGACGACUUUUUCAUCGAGCACAUGUAUUUGUUAUUCAGUGACAUCACCGACUCCAUUGUGACAGCAGUGAACGACUUAACUCGGAAAGCUGGUGUUGGGAGUAAACAAUAUGCCUCACUUGAAGAGAUGAAACAAGUUAUCGAAUCGAUUCCACAGCUUAAAAAAGAGUCUGUUGGUGUUAAAAAGCAUUUGGGGUUAAUGGGGAUCAUCAACAAGGCGGUGAGUGUCCGACGGAUGUUAGAUGUUUCACGAUUAGAGCAAGAGAUAGUGUGUUCGAGUGGUCGUGCCGAGUUAUUCCAGAGUGUUGUGCAGAUGUUUUCUGGGGACUUUAAAGAGGAAGACAAGAUUCGGGUAGGGAUGCUCUAUGCCUUGAAAUAUGAAGAAAAGUGUAGUGAAGUGAUACAAGAGUUAAACAAAGUUGGUAUCCACCCAGACAAGACACAAGUGAUUGAGACUGUCAUUCGAUAUGCUGGUGCAAACAAACGACCAUUAGACAUAUUCACAAAGGUCAAGAGUGUCUUAGGCUUUGUCAAAAAGAGUGUCGCUGGCGUCGAAAACGUAUUUGUCCAACACAAACCACUUUUAGACUCUUUGCUCGAACCUUUUGUGACUCAACAACUUCAAGACAAGUUCCCAUUUUGCAGAGGAGGGACUACAAACGGUCGGGACUUCAUUAUAUUUGUUGUCGGCGGAGUUACCUUUGAAGAAGAGAUAGCUGUCGCAACACGAAAUCGAAAUUAUCCAACUCAGAAGAUCAUUCUCGGUGGGACUGAUAUUCUGAACACUACUAAGUUCAUCAAUGAGAUCAAAGUGAUGAAGAAGUGA